ACCAAAACAACACCAAGCAACCCAACGAACCUCCUCCUUGCUCAUAUCUCUUGUUUGUGUUUGGGGGGGAAAGGGAAAUGGUGGCUGCAGACCAUCAGCUGUUGGCGGAGUACACGACCACGGCAGGUGCCGUCCUGCCGGCCGGUGCAAAGGUGCACGUGAGCGAAGCAAGCUCGAGCGGGUGGUCGCUCGUGACCUACGAUAGCUCGCCGCACUGGGUGCCCUCGUCGUGGCUGAAGCCCUUGAAACACCAAAAUGAGGAGAAGAACGAACAGGCAAAGGACGCGGAGCAGCGACAACCAAAACAGCAGCACUUUAAGGGGAAACAGGGCGAUGAUGGCGGCGGCGGUGUUGGUGAAGGUAGCGAGGGUGGUGAUGACGGUGAUGAGGGUGAUGACGCCGACUGUGGUGGUGGUGGUGGUGGUGGUGGUGGUGAUGAUGAAGUGGGGCAACAGCACGCGAACCACCACGCACAGCAAGAAGCCCAAAGCCAGCCGCAACAGCACCAGCAGCAGCACCAGCAGCAGGAAGAAGAGCAGGUGGAACCCGGCCAAGAGGACCGACCACACCGUGAAACACCGCAGAGUCAGGCUCUCCCGCAAGCUGCUGUGCAGGACAAGGGGGUAGCGAACGGCACAGUUGUCACAAAUUCAACUGGUGAACAUCAGCCGGCGCAAUUGCACUCUCAGCCAAAUGGACAUGUGCCACAACCAGUUGCGUUGCCUGCAGGCACGAAUGCCGUGACUAUUGACCUUCCCGCGCCCCCUCCUCCUUCGCAAGAUGAACAACAGCAGCAGCAACAACAACAACAACAACAACAACAACAACAACAACAACAACAACAACAACAACAACAACGCACGUAUGAUGAGGAUGACGACGACACGGACGACAGCGAUGAUGGCGAUGACGAGGCGUUUUAUCCAACUCAAACUUUUCCAGUCAGCACGACUGACGACGCCCACGCUUCCCAGGCACAGCUGCAACCUUCAGCUGCAGAGGUCGAAACAGUGGACAAAGAAGCCUCGCUGGAGGAGUCCUUCUUUGCACGUGCGCUGUAUGCGUUUACUGCCGAGGCGGCAGAUGAGCUAGAGUUCCAACAGGGCGACGUUGUCCGUGUGGUGUCUGGGCCUGCAUCCAAGGACUGGUGGACAGGCGUGCUUGACGGGCGCAUUGGGCAUUUCCCCAGCACGUAUGUGGAGCGAAUCGGGGCAUCGCAACGCGGGUCCGCGGCAGAUGGAAGCGGGGACCCAAGUCGACAGUCCGGGGAUGGCAGCACUGGUGGAAGCAUCGAUGCUGUUCUUGAACAACAGGGUGGUGACGUGCCGCCACAGCUGCCCAAGCGAGAAACCACGCGGCCCCUCAACACGGCGUCGUACCACUACACUCUUGGAAUUGACAUGAACGAUGCACAUGGUGACAUUGACACAGACGCAGCUGCGGCGACAAUGCCUUCGGCGCACGGGCAAGCACAGCAAGGCGAGUUUAGGUCGCGCACAUCCACGGGCGUCGUGAAACAGUUCAACCACGAGGUGCCCGAAUCCGUGAUUGAUGCAGACGACUCGCAACAACAACAACAACAACAACAACAACAACAACAACACCAACAACAACACCAACAACAACAACACCAACAACAACAACACCAACAGCAACAACACCAACAACAACAACACCAACAACAACAACCAGAGAUGACGUUUCAUGUGCCUCCACCACCACCGCAACCAUCGUCAACAACCACUUUAAGUCAGCAGGCUGCAGUAGACAUCUCGCUGCCGCCGCCACCGCCACCGGCUGAUGAUGGUGUUGGUCCGGAAACGACCACCACACCCCGGACAACAGCGCCACAGCAGCAUCGGCAGGAAACUGUGGCGCGUGUGGGUGAUCCCAUGGCUGAGCUGAGAGCAAAGCUGGCUGGGCGGGCACAAAAAGAGGUUGGAGCGGAUGUUCGACAAGCCGGCGACAGCGACACACCCGCAUCAUCCUCGGUUACGAUGCCUGCAGGCACAGUGGGGACAGCGCCAACAGCCACGCCCACCGUGGCGCCGACCCCUACAUCCAUUAUCAACAUUCCUCCACCGCCGCCGCCACCAGCAGAUCAAUCGAGUGCUGAUGAGGACUUGGACUCGCUGCCGCCGCCGCCACCACCGGCACAACGGGGUGAUGGCAUCAAUGCAGCACAUCAAUCACACGAGCAGCAGGAGCAGCUUGCAUCCAUCUCACUUCCACCGCCGCCGCCCCUGGCCGAAGACGGCGGCGCUGUGGAUCUGCCAAUGCCACCACCACCAACGGAUCAAGUGCCCAUCUUCACGCCACCGCCGCCACCGCCACCGCAGCACCCUGCCACGCCGCCUGCUCCUGCACACCACCCGACUGGACAACACGUGCCGCACCGCCCACACAAUCCGCCACAGGCAGCAGCCAAACGCCCGCCACGCCACGUGGGGCCACGCCCCGGCGACGAACUCCCACAUCACCACCAUCAGCUCCAGCAGGCAGGUGUUGAGGUACCACGACCGCAGCAGCAGCAGCAACGGCUUGGAAUUGCGCACCAUCCACACCACCAUCGCGCUCCACCACACGCACCGCCAGCACCGCCACCAACGGCCUCAUCGCCUCAAUCGGCGCCACAACAGCCGCCACCGGCACAACCUCAACAGCAGCACCAACAGCAAGCAGCAGGCAGCCAUCCCCUCAGGAAGGCUCCGCCCCCACCAGGUGCACCUGGCGGCAACACGGCCCGCGCCGCUUCCAAGAAACGACGAUCACAUACGGCCACGGCACACGACAUUCCGCGGCGUGGAAGCUUUGUGCGAUUGGGAGCAAACGGACCAACUAUCAGCGGAGAUGCACAGGGAGGACGGAACCACCGCACGCUGUCUGUAUCGACAGCACGCAGGCGGCGCAACACGCUUGAAUCGCGCAUGCUGCUGACGAAGGACCCCGUUGCACGCCUCGCUGACGACCUCUUGCACCUGCGGCCACAGCUCAAAUCGUGGAAGAGCUCAUCCGGUCAGUCGAGUCGGCUUGUGCUGUUGCAUCAUGGCCAGCUGAUGAAGAUUUCAAAGGGCAAAGCGCAAUGCCGCUGGUUCUUCCUCUUCGAUCGCCUCCUUGUGUAUUGCAAGCGCGAGAAAGGCAAGCUGGAGGUCAAAGGAACACUCGACCUGCGUGAUGUCCACAUUCGAGAUUUGCCUGAUGGCGCAAUGAAACAUGACGGUAUGAUGCUGAACCACGCAUGGGAGAUCAACAACGUUAAGAAGAACAAGUGGUACACGCUUUACGCAAAGACGGCAGAGGAGAAGCGAGGAUGGAUGCUGGCGUUUCAGCGCGAACGCGAUCACGAAGAACCGACUGGGCCACACACCAUCACCGUCAAGAUUACACGCAGCCCCUCCUCUGGGUUUGGCUUUGACAUGGAGGAGGUGUUUGAAGGCAAGCACACCCACUGCGUCGUGGCAUCUGUCACGGACAACUCGCUCUGUCCCGGCCUGCAAGUUGGCGAUCGCUUUGUGCAGCUCAACGGUGUGCCUGUUGGGCGCAUGCCUGUGGACGACGUGGUGAAGAUGUUGUAUCUGACAGCACCAAAGGGCACCAUUGACUGCCUCGUCUAUCGCCCACCACAAUAACACACACACGCACACACACACACACAACACACAACACACACACACACACACACACACACACACACACACCAACAAGCAAACAGCCCCCUUCCUGUUUUGAAUGGUACUGCCGCGACCAUGGCCAUGAGCAUCAGCAGCAGUUGUUUCGUUACCGACGUGAAUGAAUAAACGGAGUAAAGAGCCA